AUGGUUCCCGAGAUCGCCUCUUCUUCUCAUUUAUCCCCGGGGACGCGCAUUUUCGCUUUAAUUGGCAAUAUUUUCGGGCGCGAAGCGCUAGAGUCAGCAAGACGAUGGGAAAUAUUUGCCCUUCGUGUGUCUUCAACGUACGCGCAAAUCGAAUUCCUCCACAGAUGUCUCGACAGCCGUGUGCUACCGAAGAGUCUUUCCUACAAGCCGCCGGUAAACACAGGGCUAGCGAAGCAAUGGGUGAUGCAACAUGGCAGGCGAAUGACUCGUAUGCUUAUCCAGGACUGUCAUUUGCGACUGCAGAAAUACCGCAGAGUCUUGGACCAAAUAAUUCCGAAGUGUUCGGAGCUCAUCGGAGAGGACGAUGCAACACUCCUGAAAGGAGUCAUCGAAAACCGAGCCAGAGAACUACGAUCUAGACGAGAUAGGGAGUUGAGACACAAAUUCCAAAAAUUAAGUCCAACAACGCCAGAUCCCAGCGAGACACUGGUCCACAAUUUGUCUUCCAAGGAACUGACGCCAGUGCAGCUUCAAGUGCUACAACAUGCAGCAUGCUUCAAUACCGCGGACGCCGAUCCGGUUAACCUCUUGGCUAGCAUCGGGUCGGUCCUCAAGCACUCCCAGGAGCCGGACGAUGCAAAACAUCUCAUCCGACAGCAAGUUACAUCCUUACUGUUGGCGCACAAAUCGCGAGUAGCAAUUCCGAAAGCGGAGCAAGACGCCCUCGAGAGACUGAAGGCUGACAGAAGCAUUGUAGUAUUGCCAGCCGACAAGGGACGUUCCACAGUAGUGCUCGACAAGUCAGAUUACCUUCGGAAAGCCAACGCCCUGCUCGAUGAUCGUCUUGCGUACAUCAGGUGCGACGGAGAUCCGAUGAAGAAGCUGGUGGCACAAAUCAACACGACGCUCGCUAGGUUACAGAGCAACGGUGCCGUCUGA